AUGCCCCCCAUGAAGCUCAAGUUUUGCAUCACUACGGCGAUCAACUACGCGAACGGCGCGCCGCACAUGGGCCACGCGUACGAGGCGAUCUCCACGGACUGCAUCGCGCGGUAUCACCGCGCGUACGGAAGAGACGUGCUCUAUCAGACGGGCUCGGACGAGCACGGGCAAAAGAUCGCGGAAGCCGCGGAGACCGCGGGGUGCGAGCCCAUCGAACUGUGCGAUAAGUACGUCGCCGCGUUCCAGGACUUGAACGCGAAGACGUCCGUGGCGAACGACGUGUACAACCGGACGACGAGCCCGGAGCAUCACGAGGCGUGCGGGGAGUUGUUCCGACGGUCGAGAGACAACGGGGACAUCUACCUCGACACGUACGAAGGGUGGUACAACGUGAGGGAGGAGAUGUUCGUGACCGAGACGGACGCCGCGGCGGCGGAUUACAAAGACCCGGUGAGCGGGAAGCCGCUGAAGAAGAUGAGCGAGGAGAGCUACUUUUUCCGGAUGAGCAAGUACCAGUCCCGGUUGAUCGAGUACAUCGAAGAGAACCCGGAGUUUAUUCAGCCGACGCGCCGUCGCAACGAAAUUCUCGCGCGGUUACGAGAGGACGAACUGAGAGAUUUAUCCGUCUCGAGGACGACGUUCGACUGGGGCAUCCCCGUUCCGGACACGCCCGGGCACGUGCUGUACGUCUGGUUCGACGCGCUGACGAAUUACCUCACCGGCGUGGGCUGGCCGAAGAAGGAGGUGACCGACGGCGGCAAUCCGUUUUGGCCCCCCGCGGUGCAAAUCAUCGGAAAAGACAUCACGUGGUUCCACUGCGUGAUUUGGCCGUGCAUGCUGUUCUCCGCGAAGAUCCCGCUGCCGAAGACGGUGUUCGGGCACGGGUUCGUGACCGCAUCGGACGGGCAGAAGAUGAGCAAGUCCAUCGGCAACGUCGUCGACCCGCUCGAGCAGCUCGCGAAGUAUCCCAGCGACUCGUUUCGCUAUUACCUCAUGCGGAACGGCGUCUACGGAAGCGACAUUCCCUUCUCCGAGGCGAACUUGGUGUACGUCCACAACGCGGACCUCGCGGACGUGCUUGGAAACUUAGUCCACAGGGCGACGAACCUCUGCGCGAAGAACUGCGCCGGCGUCGUCCCGGACGUCGCCCCGGAGCGCGUCUUCGACGUCGGCGCGUUGCGCGCGACGUCCGAGCACGCGAUGAAAAACCUCGAGACGCAAAAAUGCUGCGAGCUCGCCAUCAACGCGAUGAAGGACACGAACAAGUACCUCACGGACGCCGCGCCGUGGGCGGUCAAGGGCGACGGCGCGGCGGAGCGUAAGGCGGUGAUCAUUCGGUCCACGCUCGAGGCGGUGUACGCCGCCGCGCACUUCCUGUCGCCGUUCAUCCCCGCGGCGUGCGACCACAUUUUCGAAAAGCUCGGCGCCCCCGCGAAGCCGAUCUGGAGGCUGAGCCGCGAAUCGAACCUGACGCCCGGGACGACGGUCAGCGUGGGCGGGAUUCUCUUCGCGAAGUUCGAGGUCGAGGGCGAAAACGCGGAGGGCGGCGCGAGCGGCGGCGGCGGCGACGGGAAGAAGAAGGGCAAAGCCGCCGCCGCGCCGCCGCCGCCGAAAAAGAAGGAGCCCCCCAAGGACGCCCCCGUCGACGUCUCGCGCCUGUGCAUCCGCGUCGGGACGAUCACCAAGGUCUGGCGGCACCCGGACGCGGAGAAGCUGUACUGCGAGCUCAUCGAUAUCGGCGAGUCCGCGCCGCGGCAGGUGGUCUCCGGCCUCGUGGACCACGUCCCGGAGGACGAGAUGCUGGGCGCGCGCGUCGUCGUCGUGGCCAACAUGAAGGCGCGUUCGUAUUCGCACUGGUACCCAUACGACCGCGUUGGCGUUGUGAACUUCAUUCCUUAA